UUUUCGAAUCUAAAACAGAAACAAGUUCAAGAUGAAAGCUAUUUUCUUUAUUCUUUUGAUCGCAGUUGUCUUCAUUUCAAUGGAAGCAUCAGCAAAACAUCUCGUUGGAGAUGAAUCAAUGAAUCUUGUCUCGAAUCAUGGAAUGAUUGAAAAACGUGAAGCUUGCCGUCGUCGUGGGGAUGAUAGUGAAGAUGAAGACGAAGAUGAUGAUGAAGAUAGCGAUAGCGACAGUGACAGUAGCGAGUAA